AUGACCUGGUCAUGUGGUCCUGGUCUCAAGCUGGCGGGGGUCCGGGCCUUCAAUCCGGAGCAGGAGGUGGAGACCCGGAUCAUCGGGGGUCAGGAGGCCUGGGCUCACUCGUGGCCCUGGCAGGUUUCUCUGCGCUUCGCCUCCAUGCCGGCCUGCGGAGGAGCCAUCAUCAGUCCGCUGUGGGUCGUCUCUGCUGCUCACUGCUUCAAAAGGUACAACAAAGCUUCGUCCUGGACGGUUUUGGCUGGAAAACAUGACCUGGAUAAUCCAGAUGAAGCUGGACAGCAGCUGGUCGGCGUCUCGCUCAUCGUCAGCCAUCACGGCUACAACACUCGCAGCAAAGAGAGCGACGUGGCCCUGCUGAAGCUGCAACAGGCGCUCGUCUUCAACCAGUUCGUCAGACCCAUCGACGUCUGGAUGAGUCCGCUGCCGCUCUUCACGAAGUGCACCGUCACUGGAUGGGGCUCCACCCGAGAGAACGGGCCUAGAGUUCACAGACUGCAGGAAGUGAACGUCACUCUGCUGCCUCCUGAUGUCUGUAACCGGUACUAUGUCGGCAGGAUGAGGCCCUCCAUGUUUUGUGCCGGGAAGGAUGUAGGAGGAGUCGACGCCUGCCAGGGGGACUCUGGAGGUCCUCUGUCCUGCUUCACUGGCAGCAGGUAUGAGCUGGCAGGUCUGGUGAGUUGGGGGGUCGGUUGUGGGCGAGCCAGAAGACCAGGGGUCUACACCAAAAUCCAGCAGCACACCAAGUGGAUCUCUGACACUAUGAAUGAUCAGAACAUCACAAACACAGAUGACAUCACCACUGAAGAGGACAGGUGUGGUAAGCAGCAGAGUUCCAGCUGUGAGCGACACCCAGGCCUUGCUGGUCUCUCAGUGUCCCAGGAUGGUGAGGUGUCUGUGGGGAAUGUGACGGAGUCCUGCCCCUUCUUCUGGUCCUGGCAGGUCAGCGUGCAGCACAACGGGCGCCAUUACUGCAGCGGGACCCUGAUCCACCGCCGCUGGGUGCUCACUGCACACCACUGCAACGUCAGGAAGGAGGACAUGGUGGUUUUGGGAGUUCAUGACCUUCGGUUUUCGUCGCCUCAAAUGAUCCCAGUGGACAAAGUCUUCAACCCGCCACAGGAUGACAGUUUCCCCCCGUCAUGUGACCUGUCGCUGCUCCGCCUCAGCGUUCCCGCCAGAUUCAACUCAAACGUGUCCCCAGUUUGCGUCCCUGAUGAGGACGAGGAGCUGGACGCUAGCUGGUCAUGUGUCACCACCGGUUGGGGAUCCAUGAGCGCAGCAGCUGAUGUUGAUCCGGACCGGAUGCACCAGGCUCAGCUGACCCUGGUCAACCAGACUACCUGCAGAGAUAAAUGGGGCAGCAGUCUCAUCAGUGACUCCCAUAUCUGUUCACAUCCUGCAGGCUCCACCUCCUGCAUGGGUGACUCUGGAGCUCCUCUGUUGUGUCGGAAGCGUGGGGCCUACUUCCUGUUUGGCGUGGUCACAUGGGGCAGCCGGCGCUGUGACACAGAAAAACCGGCCAUCUUCUCCCUAAUCUCAGAUUAUCACUCGUGGAUCACUGAGGUGACUGAAGACAUCUGA